AGAAAGAACUUCUUUGCAAAGAUUCAUGCUUAUUAUUGGGAAGAACCUUUCCUUUUUAAGUAUUGUGCAGAUCAAAUAAUAAGGAAGUGUGUCCCUGAAGAAAAACAACAAGGAAUCCUCAACCAUUGCCAUGAGAGUGCAUGUGGAGGCCACUUUGCCUCCCAGAAAACAACCAUGAAGGUGUUGCAAUCAGGGUUUAAUUGGCCAUCACUUUUCAAAGAUGCCCACACCAUGUGUAGGAGCUGUGAUAGAUGCCAAAGGCUUGGGAAGCUUACACGAAGAAAUCAAAUGCCUAUGAAUCCCAUUCUAAUAGUUGAUCUCUUUGAUGUUUGGGGCAUUGACUUCAUGGGACCUUUCCCAAUGUAUUUUGGUAACUCUUAUAUCCUGGUGGGGGUGGACUAUGUUUCUAAAUGGGUUGAGGCAAUCCCCUGUAAACACAAUGAUCACAGGGUGGUUCUCAAGUUUCUCAAAGAGAACAUCUUCUCAAGAUUUGGGGUGCCCAAGGCCAUAAUCAGUGAUGGAGGUACUCAUUUUUGCAACAAGCCUUUUGAAACCCUAUUAACCAAGUAUGGGGUGAAGCAUAAGGUAGCUACACCUUAU